GCUCUCGCUUCGACUCGCGCUUCUUCGUGGGAGCUCAACGUGCGACUGGGAGAAGGCGCCGGUGUCGGCUCCCGCUGUGUGGUCACCAGCAGCACUCCGAUUGCCACAAUUAAACAGGCCACAAGCAAGCGCACAAGGAGACGCGGCAGCAUCCCGAUCUCCUUUUGGCUUGAAGCUUGAGCUGCAGCUUCAGCUUCGGCUCUUUUCGCUUCUGCCGACGCAGUCCACCUGUCACGGCGUCUUGGGCGCCUGGAAACCUGGUUACGGGCCAUCGUGGCAGGUUGCAGAGGGGUCAAUUGGGGUCAAUCUCGAUGUGAUGCACCAUGGGAUGGAUUGACAGCAACAAGCCGGAGCAGUAGUUGUACCAGUGGUGUACCCUAAAUUUGGUACAUUUUCUUCAUUAUCGCCACGUCUUCUGUUUGCUACAGUACCGGGAAGCUGCGCUACUAUGGGCGUGCUGUGGAACUUCGUGCUCACGAGUCUGCUGCUCACUAACGCUGUGUGCAUCCUGCAUGAGAAGCGCUUCCUGCGUCCGCACGGCUGGCACAAGGUGGACUCGUCACAAGGCAUGACGAUCAAGAACCAGGUCGUGGGCUUCCUCAUCGCUGUGCAAUAUCUACGAUUCCCGCUCAUGAUCAUCAACACAUUGAUGAUCGUGCUGGAGUUAAUCAUGGGCUGAAGUAUCUUACCAAGUCCAAGCACCAGCAGAUAAAUCCAACCGCAUUUUUUUCGUGUCAAUCUUUUGUCGAGUUGAGUUCCUAUAUACAGCAAAUUGCAGAUUGCAGAUUGCAUUGAAUUUACAAUACACCAGCUACGACUCAUAGCUGCUUUUAAGCUAUCUCAUA